GGACCGGACACGAAGAGCGCACAGGGUCUGAUGCCCUCACGAUGAGGCCGGCCGCACCCGCAGCCGUCUCCCGAUGCCCACCCAUCCCGCCCCGUGCCUCCUCCAGUCCCUCCGUCACUGCCUCGCCGUCGGCCACCUUGACCUCGCCGUCGAUACCCUCCCCCUCCUCGCUCGCUGCGGCCUCCGCCCUGACUCCGCCACCCUCGCCCUCCUCCUCCGCUUGUGCCUCCGGUCCCCCGCCGCCCUUCCCUUAGCCGGCCGCGUCCACCUCUUCCUUCGCCUCUCCGGCCUCCUCUGUGCUGCCCCCACCCCUCCUCUCGCCAAUCACCUGCUCGCCUUUCACUUCCUCCGCGGCCGCCCUGACGACGCUCGCCGCCUCUUCCGCCGGAUGGCCACCCCCAACCUCUUCUCCUUCAACACCAUGCUCGCAGGAUACGCCCGCCUCGGCAUGCUCCACCAAGCCAGGCGCCUCUUCGACCGCAUGCCCCACCGCGACGUCGUAUCGUGGAACACCAUGAUCCUCGCCCUCGCUCGCGCUGGCUCUUGCGGCGACGCCGUCGGCCUCUAUUCCCAGCUCCGCCGCUUCUCACUCGGGUUCAACGCCCACACUUUCUCCGGCCUCCUGGUCGCCUGCGUCCGGCUCGGGGAGACGCACCUCGUCCGCCAGGUCCACGCCCAGGUGCUCCUUGUCGGGUUCUUGACCAAUAUCGUCAUCUCCAGCUCUCUGGUCAACUCUUACACGAAAUGUGGGUUUGUGGAUGAUGCCAGGAAGCUGUUUGAUGAGAUGCCUACCAGAGAUGUGCUCGCUUGGACUACCCUGGUUCACGGUCUUGCCAGCAGCGGCGACCUAGUUUCUGCUCGUAGGGUGUUUGAUGAGAUGCCGGAGAAGAAUUCCAUCUCCUGGACUGCCUUGAUUGGAAGUUACACACGCCAUGGCCACCCUUUCGAAGCUCUGGAUCUGUUUAGAAACAUGAUGAAAUUGGGAGUUUCGCCAGAUCAGUUCACUUUCAGCAGUGCCCUUUGUGCCUGCGGUGCUAUUGCUUCAGUGAAGCAUGGAAAGCAGAUCCAUGCUCGCUUGCUGAGAACCCGUUUCAACCCAAAUGCCAUAGUCAUCAGUUCUCUCGUUGAUAUGUAUUCCAAGUGUGGGGAUCUGGCAGGAGGUCAAAGGGUUUUUGACCUUACGGAUGCUGGCAGGAUGGACACUGUGUUGUGGAAUACAAUGAUGUCAGCUGCUGGGCAGCAUGGUGAUGGAAUAGAGGCCGUUAAAAUGUAUGAGGAGAUGAUUAAAACAGGGACAAAGCCUGAUGCUAAUACUUUCAUAGUUCUUUUGACUGCAUGCAGUCAUUCAGGCCUUGUAGAGCAGGGGUUACAGUUAUUCUGUUCCAUGAGGAAACAACAUGGUGUUGUUCCGGAUGAAGAUCACUAUGUGUGUUUGGUAGACAUGCUGGGCCGAGCAGGGCGUCUUGAAGAGGCAACAGAAUGCCUCAGGGAGAUGCCUUGUGGACCCAGUGCUCGAGCAUGGAACGCAUUGCUAGGGGUUUGUAGGAUUCAUGGGAACUUACGGCUUGGAAGGAUGGUGGCACAAAGGGCUAUUAAGUCGGAUCCAGAAUGUCCGACAGCGUAUGUCCUGCUUUCAAAUUUCUAUGCAGAUCUUGGACAGUGGGAAUCUGUGGAGAAGGUCAGACACCUCAUGCAGGAGAAUAAAGCAAUGAAAGAACGAGCUUCCAGCUGGAUUCCAUUUGAUAAUGAGAUCCAGUCUUUGGGAGCCUUGGAUCAGUUGCAGCCCGCGGAGGAGGUUGUAUGUGUCAGGAACAUUAGUUUGUCAGAUGAAGCAUAGUUCUCUGGUUCCCUGAGUUCUUAGCUCUAAAGAAGCACUUUUUUCUGUGUUAUGUGCGUGAAGUAGAACCACAGUUCCUUUUGGAUUCCAUGACCUUCAACAAUGACCAGUAAACUCAGAAUUUUACAACUAAGUUUUUUUAAUAUAAAUCCAUUACUUUUUGGUCAUUCUUUAAAAAAAUUAUGCUUGGCGGUUCAACUAACUUGCUUCAGCAAUUGUCCCAUAGGUCAUUUUUUAAUGUGCAUCUUGACCAUGUUUUGGUCUCUACUUGUUAUCACUCAGAUCAAUUUAAUAUUCUAAUUUACAUAUAAUUCUGAAAGCAUGUGAGAAUGUUAAUGGUGGUCGCUCUUGAUAUAAUAUACCUCAGAUUACAUCUUUUUCAUUAUAUUCUUAUACUUGUUACUGUUAUAUAUUUGAAUUGAUUGUACAGUUUGCAAAACUGUAAGUUUGAGGUUACACCAUUUCAAACUAUUGAUAGUUUAGGCAUAAUCUAGGAGAUGUAAUCUAUUUCGUUGUAGUUGCUGGCUGAUCUUGAUCAAGAGCUGACAUGUUGGGGGAAAAAAGGAGCUUGCAUGUUGAACUAAUGCUAGAGGGUACCCUCAGCUAGAUCAGAUUGGAAUUGGCUGAUUGAGUGGACCAUGAACAGUAUGUCAGAGGUUUCAACAUAAAUGAUGUUACAAUAUUGUUGUAUUGCAUUGGGGAGGCAUUGGGUUUUGCUCCCAAGGAGCAAGCAACUCUAGAAUGUGUCAUGCAAAGCCAUACCAUUUUGUGCAGUUUGAAUGUUAGCAUGUUGUAAGGAUACAUGCUGAAGCCUUUGCCUAUGCUUGCCUCGGAAAAAAAAUACGCCAAAGCCAGUGCAAGGCAGACUGGACAUGGUUUUAUUAUAGGCAUCAAUUUGUGCAACAUUUAUGACUGUGCCGUCAAUAUCGUAGCAAGAUGUUGGAGAAGAACAAGUCUCAGUGGUUGGAUGGUAAGCAAGCAGGUUCCUUAAAAACUCUGCCACCGCCCAGUAUUCUUUCUGCAGCAACUUGCCGAAGGUUGACUACUGAUUCAUAAUGUUAGGUGAAGAGAAAAUAAUCUUAAAAGUUUGGUUCUUAUGAAUCUGUUUAUCGAUAAAAAUGGUCGUUCAGUGCGAGAGAUUUCGGCCAAUGUGGGGGUUUCUGGAACUCGGGCUUUAAUUAUCCAGCGGCAAAGCAGUAUCUAUUUGUUCAAUAAUAUCGAUCCUCGGGUCGAUAUUCUGUUCAAGAUUUAUUUGUAUUUGUGUUUUUUCUUUCUCUGAUUGGUAAUGUGAUGUAAAAAGGUUCUGCUCCUUCCUUGUAGGUUUAGUAUUUCAGGGAUCAAACAUAUUUUCAUUGAGUUUUAGACAAUGUUACACACAUAUUUUUUCA